AUGGCGGACAAGAAGCGGCUGCUAGGACCGGGGCCACUGGAACCGAUGCCCCUGGACAUGACCUGCAAGCCCUGGUACAAAGACAAGUUGCCCUCCAAGUGUUUCGCAAAGCACAAGAAGAUGCUCCCGAAGUUCCCCACCUCCCUGGACAGCCGGCAGUGGAUAUUUGUGAAAGAGCUGCUGGACGACUUCCGGAAGGGUUGCCCACCUUGUGAAGAUAUGAUCACUCGCAGCCCUAAGGAGGGCUUCCUCCCCAGGAUUGCUCACAGAGUUCCCCAGCAUGCCCCCAAAAAGAGUCAGAAAAAGCUGCCCGAGGAAGCAGACCUGUUUUCCACGCUCUCGCCAGCACAGCUAGCACAGAAGGCAUUCGUGGAGAACAUCGAAGCCCAGCUGACCAAGCAUCCCUUGGCUCUCUACCCGAAUCUGGAGGAAGAUCUACCUGCAGACCUCUUAUUAAAGGUGCUGGAAGUGCUCGAUCCUGACGGGAAGCUGGAGGACACAUGGGCUUAUUGUCAGGGCCCCAGGAAAACAACAAAGUCCCCCACAAAGCUUCGUAAAAAACGUCCUGCCAAGGUCUACCUGGAACCUCCAAAGAAGGCUCCUGUGUCACAUCCAGCCAGUUUGCAUCACGAAGACAAGAAGUCAAGGAGAAAGGAUUCACUCACUGAUCCUCCUGUUCACAGAGAAGUACCGAAAGCAAUUUGUAAAUCCUUCAAAUGGGCUGCUGCUUUUGGAAACUUGGGCAUUGAUGAAGAGCUCAUCACGAAACUGUGUGAGGUUGGCUGUGAGUGGCCACCAGCCCAGGAUACAGUCUACAUGAAGAAAGUAACCCAGGUCCCUUCAAAGGUAAAGUACAGCAUCGGGCUAGAGAAAAUGGAGAAGAUAAAAUUAUCCAGAGAGGAAGGAAACUGGGAGAGGAAACCCCAGAAGCCACAGAAUCCUUAUAAACCCAACUCGGUGGAGAUGAGGUAUGGUGCAUUGUACCUGAAGCCCAAGUUGUGGAAAAAGCUAGUUAAUGACAAACCUUCAAUUGACCCCAACGUCUUACUUGAAGAUGGGAGUUUUAGAAAGAAGCUUCCUGAACACGACAUUCUUGAAGAUCUUUAUGGAACAAAUAGCGUUUAA